UUUCAACCUUUCAACCAAUUUAUCUUUUUUCACCAAAAUUAUAUUCUAAUAAGAGCCCCCUAUUUCUAAUUUUGAAAGCGCCCUGAGUGCUUAUUACGUCGAAUACGGUAACCCACCGUAAUCCUUAACUUGUCCCUCACACACUCAUUACUUGUUUCUCAUACUGUGAAUUAACAUAAUCUAAUUUAACCACUUGAAUGUUAAUAUUUGAGUAUAGAUGUGAUGGAGAUCUUGAUGGCACUUUGAUAAUUUAUAUUUGGAAAAUCUUUAUAAUGAUGUACAAUUUUCGUAAUUUCCAGUUACUUUUAUCCUGGGUCAAGGUCAUGGCCUCCAAAACAGGUCAAGGUCAUAUCACAGGAAUUAAAAUACUGCAGCUGGAUGAAACUUGGUACAUGUCAUCUUUAGGGGCCAAUCUCUUAAUAUGAUAUUGUGUUGAAGUCUUUUUAUCUGUACCGGUAGAGAGGAUGUGAUUUGAAUAGUUUGAGCAAUCUUCUUGAUAAUAAAUGAUGACAUGGAGAGUUGGAGUAAUUAAAUUGGCACCUCUCUCUCUUCAAAGAAAAAUAUAUGGACCCUAUGAACCUCUGGAUUAUUAAAAUACAAUCUUAGAAAAACAUACACUCUGAGAGAUGACAGUGACCCGCAGAAGUGAUGUUCUGGAUGUUGUGUAGACUCAGUCUAACUUGGCAGCUCUCUCUCCUCUAUCUUAGAACAUACACUCUGACAGUUGACAGUGACCUACAGAAGUGAUGUACAGGACAUUGUGUAGACUCAGUCUAACUUGGCAGCUCUCUCUCCUCUAUCUUAGAACAUACACUCUGACAGUUGACAGUGACCUACAGAAGUGAUGUACAGGACAUUGUGUAGACUCCGACUAGCUUGCCACCUCUCUCUCCUCUAUCUUAGAACAUACAAUCUGACAGUUGACAGUGACCCACAGAAGUGAUGUACAGGACAUUGUGUAGACUCGGAUUGACUAGCCAUCUGUCUCUCCUCUAUCUUAGAACAUACAAUCUGACAGUUGACAGUGACCCACAGAAGUGAUGUACAGGACAUUGUGUAGACUCGGACUAACUUGCCACCUCUCUCUCCUCUAUCUUAGAACAUACAAUCUGACAGUUGACAGUGACCCACAGAAGUGAUGUACAGGACAUUGUGUAGACUCAGUCUAACUUGGCAGCUCUCUCUCCUCUAUCUUAGAACAUACACUCUGACAGUUGACAGUGACCUACAGAAGUGAUGUACAGGACAUUGUGUAGACUCCGACUAGCUGGCCACCUCUCUCUCCUCUAUCUUAGAACAUACAAUCUGACAGAGUUAACACAACAAAACCUGUCCACAGAAUAAACUACCUCACUUUCAUAUCCUGUGGCAGGUCUGUAGAUACAAUAUUUACUGUACCUAACAGGCCGCAGUAUUUUAGUGGGGGUCUAAUGAGGUUGUCAUUUAUUCUGGUGUUAUCUGACUCUGCUAACCCAGUAAUGUUGCUGGUAUGGGCAGCUUAUCUGAACUGUGUUUAUAUAGGCUAUUUCCACCCCUGUCACCUCUCACAGGGAAAACAUUUUGUAUCACAGUUGUACCCAACAUGGCCAUGACGAAAUGUCCUGGAUUAGUUCUUCUAGAUGAGGAAUCUCACUGGUGAUCCUCAAGGACUACCAUCAAGGCUGUAGUGACCCCUGCUACCAUCUUUAAGCUUAAGCCAUAGGUUUGGUUCCUUGUCAAUGGACGUUGUCAUUAACAAGUGUCACUGCAUUGUACCAGAAGUACUGGUGAUGGUUUUGCAACCAUUUGGAAAUACUGCUGACAAUGUUUUUGUGUGCAAGCCACAUGGAUGUUCUCUUGAUGCUACAGCAAGUACUGUUCAUGAUGGUUCAAGCCAUUCGGUUGUACUGUAGACAAUGUUGUAAUGUCAUGACAACUGGAUGUAGUGUUCCGAUUGUCUUUUGCCAGAAUCUUGGAGAAUCGUUUUGUUGCCUGAUCAUUGGUCAUCUGUAAUACAGAGGAACAUCAACGCAAUAAGUGAAUGGAUUCAUCUCCUUUCCAUCCUUAUCUGAUGAAUUUUUGUGAACAUGUACCGGUAUAUUUUCCAAACCUACCCCACAAUAAUAUUGCUGAAACAUUGCUAAAAGUGGCUUCAAGCCAACUCACUCACUGACCAUUCCAAACUGUCAUUACCAGGGGAGAUGAUAUCUUUUAACUGCUUUGCUUUGUAUUAAGUUUGACAGGUGUAUUUUUGUGAUUAUCGCUUUCUUUGUUCAUUGGAUAUUCCAAAAAAUACUUAUAUAUAAAUUUAUCUGUCAUAAAUGUGUUUGUUCAAUUAAAUCUUGAGCUAUAAAUUCCGGUUGAUAUGGUUUGAUAUACAGGUAUUAAAUAUGAUAAACCUUAGCUUUACUACACAACAUAAGGAUUAUGACUUUAUGGUGCUUUAUUGAAGUUUGUUCUUCGUACUUAACACGUUUUAUACCUGGCUGUAAACCAAGAUAAACUGUCCAGUAGUAGACCACGGUGUGAGGUGCCCUGUGCUGGUGGUGUUUAAUCUUCGUAAUACAUACUUCCUAGAUAUUGUCCAUUGAGGUCCACUGUGUGGAGUUUAUAUUGGGACGGACAGUACAGCUGUAUAGUUGGAACAGUGAUUACACGUAGAGGUACUGAUGACAAAACUCUGGUCUUGUGGAGAGACUAGCAACAGGACUCGGAUCUUGUGGAGCGACUCGUAACUAUGGAGUGAAUAGUGACAACUCUAGUCAUCUGUAACAGAACUCUGGUCUUUUGAAGUGACUAGUAACAGAGGUCUGGUUUUGUGGAUGGACUAGUAACAGAACUCUGGCCUUUUGAAGUGACUAGUAACAGAGGUCUGGUCUUGUGGAUGGACUAUAAACCGAGAUCUGGUCUUGUUGAUGGACUAGUAACAGAUCUCUGGUCUUGUGGAUGGACUAGUAACAGAUCUCUGGUCUUGUGGAUGGACUAGUGACAGAGCUGAUUUUGUUGAUGGACUAGUAACAGAAUUCCUGUCUUGUGGAUGGACAAGUAACAGAGCUCUGGUCUUGUGGAUGGACUAGUAACAGAGCUCUGGUCUUGUGGACGGAUUAGUAACAGAAUUUCUGUCUUGUGGAUGGACUAGUAACAGAACUCUAAUCUUGUUGAGUGGCUAGUAAACAAAUGGAAUAACUCAGUAACUUGUUUUGUGAAGUAACUAGUAACAGAACUCUAGUGGCUAGUAAUUGAACUGAGGUCUUAUUAAGUGACUCAUAAGAACUCUGGUUUUGUGGCACGACUAGUAACAGAAAUCUGGUCUUGUGGAGUGACUUACUCAAACACGUGGCAGAGCCAAGAACGACUUCUUUUAUUUGUCAAACCCAGAAGCAGGUAUUUGGUAACAAACUUUGUUUCAUUGUAUAAAUUGUCUCAGGGCUAGACAUUGUGUGUAUAAGCUGUGGCACAAUGUAGAUGGGUGUCGUCUUGGUAAUUAGAAGCUCCACAGGGAUGAUGCCUUGUGUCUAAUUGAUCAGCAGGUGCUUGAUUCAAGGUAUACCUGACAUUCAUUCUGAGACUUUCACAUCUGAGGACGAACCUAACAGUUGAGGGACAUUUAACGCUUGGAAGAUAUAAUAUUUUGGUUGGCUUAGUAAUUUUGAAAAAAGACAUUUAAGCUGGCCAACAUGAAGGAUAAGAAGAAAAAGACCAAGAAGAAAAAGGUGGUUGAUUCUGAUUCUGAUUCUGAUCUUGAUUGGGAUGAAUACCUGGCCAAGUUUGGGAGCUCGACCACCCUCUCCUCCACGACUGAAACGUCUGAUGACUCCGAUGUCCAGUUCAACGUUGUCCUCAGAGUGAGACCCCUCAACCCCCAGGAAGUGACCAGACAUGAUGAGUUUGUGGCCAGUUUUCCAGGAGAGGGGCGUGUUGCGAUUGACAAUUCCGGCACUGUGCGCAGCUUCUACUUCAAUGCUGUAUUUGAGCCCGAUGCCUCACAGGAGGACUUGUUUGAGCACUCCGGUAUUACCCGGCUUGUGGACAUGGCGCUCAAUGGGUAUGCAUGUACGGCCCUGGCGUUCGGUCAGACGGGGUCAGGGAAGACGCACACCAUGACGGGACCCCCACAACAGAUUAACGAGUACGUAAAGCAGAUGGCGGAGAGGAGCAAGUUCCUGGAUGGCCUCAAACCUGACCCGAAGAUGUUCGGCCUGAUCCAGAGGUCAUUCCGCUACAUGUACCGACAGCUCAAACAGUUGGGUGCUAACAAGAUCAUCCGGGCGUCUUACCUGGAGAUUUACAAUGAACAGGUGAUAGACCUCCUGAACCCCACCCAUCGCCGCUACCUCUCCGUGCGCUGGUCCAAGAACAAGGGCUUUUAUGUGGAGAAUCUUUUUAGCAUGGAGUGCGAGUCUCUCGAUGACCUCAUGGCUGUCCUGGAAGAAGGUUUACGAAAUCGCCAGACAGGGUCACAUGGUCUGAAUGAGUUCUCUAGCCGCAGCCACAGUAUGUUGACCGUGACGAUUGACUCGGAGACCCAGCCAGACCAGGAAGACGAGAACCUGUAUGUCACAAAGCGAGGGAAGCUAUCCUUCGUUGACCUUGCUGGGAGUGAGAAGGUCAAGGACAACACGACAGGUGCUGGGGCAGGGGUCAUGUAUGAAUCCAACAGCAUCAACAAGAGCCUAUUAGUCCUAGGUAACUGCAUCUCCCAUCUGGGGGACUCCAAACGGAGACACGGACACAUCCCGUACCGAGACAGCAAACUCACCAAGCUCCUGGCAGACAGUCUGGGAGGCAAUGGUGUGACCCUGAUGAUCACAUGUAUCACGCCUUCCUCCUGCAAUGUCGCAGAAACUAUGAAUACUCUCCGCUACGCAAGUCGGGCCAAGAAGAUCAAAACAAAACCUACAGUCAAGAUGGAUCCCAGGGAGAAGCUGAUACUUAGUUUGAAGAGAGAAAUAAAAAUAUUGCGGAAUGAAAACCACUAUUUGAGACAACAGCUGGAGUUCCCAGCCAAGCCGAAGGGGCAGCUGCAGAAAGAAAAUGAUGAGAAGUUCAUGAAGUUUAUGAAGGAGCAACAACAGAAAGAGAGUGGUCUGUACGAGAUGCUUCAGGAAUACAUGGUGGAAAACGAGAACCUCAGGGGAGAGAAUUCUGACCUUCAUGCUGGAAGGGAUAAGGUCCGACGAGAACAGCAGACUCUGUACAGAGAAAAUGAAAAGCUGAUGAAGAGAGUGGAGGAUCUAGAGAGAAUUGUUUCAAAGAGUCCGGCAGCGUGGCAACAGGCACAGCGCCCCCUGCAACGUUACGAUGGCUUCAAUCAGUAUGACAUGGGAUCACCUCGACAGUCCCCAGGACAGAAUGGUCAUCGUAUCCCACAAAGGCUUCCUCAUCAAGACCUGCCCCAUCCUGACCCUACCAGUCUCGUGGUGAUGUCGCCACCUGGUGGACACCCCAUGAGACCGCCUCACCGUCUGCCAGACCCCGUAAUCAGGGGUCAGAAAGGAAUGCCGGAAUCCAUGCAGAAUGGAGGCCACAUGAUGCAGCCUCAUGGCCGGAUGAAUGGACCAGUACGACAAGCUUCACCACCCAGAGCUACCGAGAGGAGGUCUUCUCAGGCGUCGCAGUCAGACGCCAUCCGCGACAUGAAUGAGAAGCUACUUCUGGAGGUGCGAGAGCUAGAGGGCGAGAUCGAGCAGCAACAUCGACUAGCCACCAGGUCACAUGACUUGUCACAACGACCUCGGUCAGACCUCCCACAUAAACAGUAUCCAGGGUCAUCCACGAUUAGGUGACCACAAUGUUUCCAUAGCAACGCUCAAACAGAUCUGUGAUAGUAGCAUUAAGUAAAAGGUUCCUUUGACAAUAAUGAAAUGUGUUGGAUGCCAUUAUGGAAUCGCUCAUCGUGGGAAUACCUGCUCUGAUAGUGCAUCUUGAGCAGACAUUGUGUCAUGUCUCUUGUCAGAGUUUAUUUCCAAAAACAAAGUAUGGGAGAUGGUUUGAAAUAGAAACACACCAAGAAGAAACAAACUAUGGAUCCUCAUUUAAAUAACAAGUGUGUCCUUCAGUUAUUUAUUACCUCCCUUUGUACAAACCGUUGGGAGUUUUUCUUUCUUGGUGGCCCUGAUCUGUGACCUUGGUGUUUUUUCCCAGGAGAUGUCACACAAGAUCUCAACAAUCUGUGUUUAAUGUUUGUGUGUUUCAUGUCGGAGUGACGCACUAUUACAUAAGCUAUCAUCUAUGCAGCCAAAUUCACCAAAUCUCUUCCAGUUUCAAGGUGGUGUUCACCGUUAUGAUCAUACACAAGCCCUGUUUGCUCAACUGGUCAAACUGUGACGUGUCUUGUCGAAGCGAGAUCAUUGAAUUAAGAUAUAGUGACUGUGCAGAAUGUAUUCCAGUGAUCCAAAAUCGAUGGACAUUGUUCUGACUGGAGGAUUCUCGAGAAGCAUGGAAGAAUGAAUUCCUGGGCAUGUAGUGUGUGUAUUGGAAUGUCGUGAUGAUACCACAUCUGUGAUGAUGCCAAGAUUUCGCCCCAGACAGACAGGUGAAACAGACGGGUAGCUAUUUAAGUGGUUUCAGGACUGAGUUGUUGAUAAUUCCUGAUAAUCUGCCGGGUAAAAGACAUUAUACACUAUGUUUGAUGGUGGCUAAAAAUGAAACAAACAAGAAAUGGUUUUUCAAUAGUGAUGUAUUUGAUACGGGUACCAAAGUAAUGUUUGGGCCUUAAGUCUGGCAUGUUUUGGCGACUGUGAAGCUUGUAAUGUUUUGAUAAUAUUUGUAAUCAUUUGGUCAAAUCCAAUUUGAAGUGUAUACUUUCUUUUUCCCAGCAGUUUAUAUGUGCAGUGGAGCAAUGUGGUGAUAGGACACACAUUGUCCUGUCAACAGUGACCCUUGUGAGUAGCUCUGUCCCUAUGGGCCCAGUUGAGACUCUGCAGGAAGUCUGGAGAGCAGGGUUAUGCCAAAGUAUAUUCGUGUUGUGUUGUUUUGUACAAACAUACUUCCUUAUUAGUCAAUAGUUUUGUUUUGGCUGUGUUUUUUUGAAGUCUCAAUUUGUUUUCAAAGCUCAUUCUUACGCAAUUCUUAAGCAUUCCUAAGCACCCAUCCAUUGUAAUAUCCCAAGCCUGAAAUAGUUCAGACUUCCCUGAUCUCAACCCAGUGUGAAGUCCAUGUUUGCUCAGUUGUUAUGAUGCAUAUCUCAAACCAUGCUCUGAAAUCUCAAUUAAUCCUAAAGUUUCAAAUCCCAACUUAUUCUGAACUUCUAAAGACCCAAAUCUCAUUUCAGUCAAAAAUCCACUAUCUCAAAUGGUUCUUAAAACCCAAAUCUCAAUUCAGUCAAAAGCUUGUCAUGAUAUGGCUGAAAUAUUGCAGAUGUGACGUAAAGCAUAAACUCACUCACUCACUCACUCAUUCAAAAGCUGUUAUAAUGAUAUCCCACUUAUUAAACCAUCUCUACCCUUUAUGAAACCUAUAUCCUUUAAGAUGUAUUUCUCCCCCUCUAAUUAUGUAUUUCUCACCAGGGAUUUUAAGUGCUUCUCUACCAGUAAGCAAGUUUUUCUCUGCCUUUCAUGAAGUUCUUCUCCAACCUUUAUGAAGUUAUUCUCCAGCCUCCAUGAAGUUCUUCUCCGCUCUCCAUGAAGUUCUUCUCUGCCCUUCCUGAAGUUCUUCUCCCCAUUUCUUGAAGAUCUUCUCCCCUUCGUGAAGUUCUUCUCUGCCCUUCAUGAUGUUCUUCUCUGACCUCCAUGAAGUUCUUCUCUGACCUCCAUGAAGUUCUUCUCUGCCCUCCAUGAAGUUCUUCUCUGCCCUCCAUGAAGUUCUUCUCUGACCUCCAUGAAGUUCUUCUCUGCCCUUCAUGAAGUUCUUCUCUGCCCUUCAUGAAGUUCUUCUCCACCCUUUUGUGAAGUUCUUCUCUGCCCUUCAUGAAGUUCUUCUCCACCCUUCGUGAAGUUCUUCUCCACCUUUCGUGAAAUUCUUCUCCACCCUUCGUCAAGUUCUUCUCUGCCCUCCAUGAAGUUCUUCUCUGCCCUACAUGAAGUUCUUCUCCACCCUUUGUGAAAUUCUUCUCCACCCUUCGUGAAGUUCCCCACCUUCAUGAAGUUCUUCUCGACCCUUUCUCAAAUCCUUCUCUGCCGUUACGAAGUUAUUCUUUCUGAAGUCCCAUACGCCCUGCCCAGUAAGAAGUCUAACAUCAGAUGACCCUAAUGAGAACUUCUUCAGCUUAACCCCAGAACCCACUAUAUUUCUUGGACCCCGUUGUGUAAGCCUAAUCAUCUACCUGGAGACACCCUGUGCUAUACAUCAACAUAGGAUGUCGCGUGACAACAACAAACACGAACGAUGACGGCUCUAACAGGAACAUCAGGACUGCCGAGAGCUCCAGCGAUGCAGUUCCUUCCUUAAUUCAUGUUUCUCCCCCAGUAUGUUAUUUUCAUCACAUAACUGUCUGUUUUAAAAUACAAUGUUACAUUUCUAGUUUCUUGGUAGAGAGGAAAAUUCAAUAAAAUUACGUAAGCUCUAGCUUUGAUUAGAAACGGGAUAUAGAUGGUCAUACCGGACAGAAGGAUUUUUGUGAUGGAGGAAGAUGUAGGAUAGAGUGCAGAUGGAUCAGAUUCGUCACCAUGAGCCUACAAGGGACGACAUCUGCCCACCAUGAAAUUAAGAUGUCCUAUUUGUCAUAUACACAAACAUUGUGCAUAUUUAAAUAUUCUCUACUGGACUUCUCCCAAGAAAAGUUUAUAUCAAUUCAUGGUACAUGUCAUGUUUUCAGACUGGUGUUAACACAGAAAACAUGACAUGUACCACAGACUAUGUGCCAUUUCAUUCCAGUAAAACCAUACAAUAUAUUACCGUCCAUUUAGGAUUUAUUUAUCCAUUGGUGCCUUCCAUUUAGAAUAUUUAGAACAUGUGGGUCGCGUCCACAAAAAGCGUAUAGUCUGUACACCCUCGUGACACCGUAUUCAAAGUAUUUUACUAUUAACAGCCAUUAUUUAUUAAGGCAUAUUUCCCUCAAGAUAGUGAAUAUCUCCCUCUUCAUAGGUGUAACCCUAUUGAUUCUGUCCAUUCGGGUAUAUUCCGUACAUUUUACCAAUAUCUGCCGUCCUUUCAGAGCAUAUUUUCUUCUCAGUACAUAUUACCCUAUUGCGCCGUCCAUUCAGAAUAUUUCCCUCUUAGUCCCUGCAACCCUAUUUUGACGCCGUCCGUUCAGAAUAUCUCCCUCUUAGUACAUGUUACCCGAUGGAUAAGGUCCAUUCAGAUUAUUUCCCUCUUAGUACGUUGCCCUAUUGAUACGGUCCAUUCAGAAUAUUUCCCUCUUAGUACAUGUUGCCCUAUUGAUACCGUCUAUUCAGAAUAUUUCCCUCUUAGUACAUGUUGCCGCAUUGGUACCGUCCAUUCAGAAUAUUUCCCUCUUAGUACAUGUUACCCUAUUGAUACCGUCCAUUCAGAAUAUUUCCCUCUUAGCAAAUGUUACCCUAUUGAUUCUGUCCAUUCAGAAUAUUUCCCUCUUAGUACUUGUUACCCUAUUGACGCCGUCCGUUCAGAAUAUUUCCCUCUUAGCAAAUGUUACCCUAUUGAUUCCGUCCAUUCAGCAUAUUUCCCUCUUAGUCCCGGCUACCAUAUUUUGACGCUGUCCGUUUAGAAUAUUUCUCUCUUAGUACAUGUUGCCCCUAUUGAUACCGUCUAUUCAGAAUAUUUCCCUCUUAGUACAUGUUACCCUAUUGAUUCCGUCCAUUCAGAAUAUCUCCCUCUUAGUACAUGUUACCCUAUGGAUAAGGUCCAUUCAGCAUAUUACCCUCUUAGUACAUGUUACCCUGUUGAUACGGUCCAUUCAGCAUAUUUCCCUCUUAGUACAUGUUACCCUGUUGAUACCAUCCAUUCAGAAUAUUUCCCUCUUAGUACAUGUUACCCUGUUGAUACGGUCCAUUCAGAAUAUUCCCUCUUAGUACAUGUUACCCUGUUGAUACCAUCCAUUCAGAAUAUUUCCCUCUUAGUACAUGUUACCCAAUGGAUAAGGUCCAUUCAGAAUAUUUCCCUUAGUCCCUGCUACCUAUUGAUGCCGUCCAUUCAGAAUAUUUACCUCUUAGUACAUGUUACCCUGAUGAUACCGUCCGUUCAGAAUAUCUCCCUCUUAGUACAUGUUACCCUGAUGAUACCGUCCGUUCAGAAUAUUUCCCUCUUAGUACAUGUUACCCUGAUGAUACCGUCCAUUCAGAAUAUUUCCCUCUUAGUACCUGUUGCCCUAUUGAUACCAUCCAUUCAGAGCAUAUUUCCCUCUGAGUGUCACUUGGUAAAGCUUCUAUCCCAAGGAGGCGUUUAUUUGGAUUACAAUAGCGUGUGACAAUUGCGCUCUGAAUUUAUGUCCACACUAAAGACGUCCAUUUAAAGCACAUGUCAUUGUUGGUGACGUCCCUUUAAAAUAUAUAUCACCAUAAAGGCCACCUAUUUUGCGUAAAUUUCCCCAUUGUCGCGGUUAUGAACGUCGUGUUCAAACGCACAAGCCUACUUUCAUUGCAUGUGGUGAGGCAGCGGUAUGUUGUCUACAGGGUACCGUUGCACAAAACAACAACCUCAGCUCUACGACUGUCGUAAGUCUGUGUUAAGGUAUGUGAGUUACGAUCACCUUAGCGCUAAGACUGCUUUGUGCAACGGCACCCUGGGUGUAUUACUGUACAUAAAAAGGUGGACGUGUUGUGCUCGUGGGGCGCUAGACCUGGAUGUCAUGAGAAUAUGUUGUGUACUGAAAUAUAAAGACGUAUGAAAUUU